GAUACUGGCGUCGCGUGGGGACGGGGGACGGGUCGGUUAGGAAGUAAAUCGGCUCCAACUGGCCCUGGAGAGCGGCCGGCUCGGAGAGAAGUUUAAAAUAAAUAGAAAAUGGCAAGCAAUCACAAGCCACCUACAGCUCGUCCUGCUUCAAGAGGAGGAGUUGGGCUCACAGCCAGGCCUUCUUCAUCCUUGUUACGGACUCCAUCAGCAGCCAGAAUGGGAACAGGGAUGCCCCCUGGUACAUCAAGGCCUGGUACUCGUGGUGGUCUCCUAGGUACUGGAGGGGUGUUGUCAUCUCAAAUUAAAGUCGCAGACCGUCCAGUGACACAACAAGGGUUAAGUGGAAUGAAAACUGGAGUGAAAGGUCCGCAGAGACAGAUUAUGGAUAAAUCCUAUUAUCUUGGACUACUUAGGAGCAAAAUAAGUGAACUCACAACAGAAAUAAAUAAGCUUCAGAAAGAAAUAGAAAUGUAUAACCAGGAGAAUUCUGUCUAUCUGUCAUAUGAAAAGAGGGCAGAGACUUUAGCUGGGGAAAUCAAAGAAUUUCAAGGUCAACUAGCGGACUACAAUAUGUUAGUGGAUAAACUUAACACCAAUACAGAUAUGGAAGAAGUGAUGAGCGAUUAUAAUAUGCUGAAAACUCAAAAUGACCGGGAAGCUCAGAGUAUUGAUAUAAUUUUUACAGAGAGACAAGCCAAAGAAAAGUUAAUUCAAGCAGUGGAAGAAGAUAUUGAGCAUGAAAAACAAGUAGCUGAUGACAUAAUAAAAAAUAUGUCUCAGGAAAAUCAAGCUAAAUACAUGGAGAUGAAGGCUACAAAUGAAAAACUGUUGCAGGAAUUAGAUGCUCAACAGCAGGAGUUGGAUGGACUAAAUAUAAAGGAAGACACUCUAGGAGCUGAAAUAGCACAUUCCCAGGUAAAACAAGAGGCAGUGCAGCUGUAUGAAAAACUUCAUGGGCUCGAGGAACAUCGGGAUCAAAUGAUUGCUGAGGACAAGAGUAUGGGAUCUCCACAGGAAGAAAGAGAGCGAUUACUGAAACAGGUUAAAGAAGAUAACCAGGAAAUAGCAAGUAUGGAAAGACAGCUGACAGAAAUAAAAGAAAAAAUCAACCAUUUUAAUGAUGUAAUUCGACGACUUGACAUGGAUCUGGAGGAGCAUCAAGGGGAGAAAAAUCUGAAAUACAAGGAGCUGAAGAAGAGAGAGGAAAGCAUGGACAACUUUCUUGAGACUUUUGAAGAGAUGAAGACCCAGGAACUGGAACGGAAGGCACAGAUAGAGGCCAACAUUGUUGCACUGUUAGAGCACUCAAGUAGGAAUGUCAAUCGUAUGAAACAAAUCUCCUCUGUUACCAAUCAAGAGCUGAAGAUCAUGCAGGAAGACCUCACUUUCAAAUCAAAUGAAAUGCAAAAAUCACAGAGCACCGCUAAAAAUUUGAGUACAGAUAGUCAAAGACUGCGAAUGGACCUGCAGAAAAUGGAAUUGUUGGAGGGUAAGAUGGUCGAUGAACAGGCUUCUCUCAAAGAAAAAAUCGAACAGAUGACAAAGGACUUGAAGAUGUACAAUAAUUUGCCAGCUCUGAAAGCAUCAGGAGAAGAGAAGAAAAGGAAACUCCAUGAGGAGAAAGAAAGGUUGAUAAAACGUAGAGAUGCCUUCAAGAAAAUAAUGGAACAACUGAACGCAGAGUAUGAAACACUAAAGACACAACUUGAGGAAAAUGAGACACAUUCCCAGCUUACAAAUUUGGAAAGGAAGUGGCAGCACCACGAGCAAAAUAACUUUGUGAUGAAAGAAUUCAUAGCAACAAAAAGUCAGGAGAGUGACUACCAGCCAGUAAUGAAGAAUGUGAGUAAGCAGAUUGCAGAGUAUAACAAAACUCUCAUAGAAGCUUUACAGAACACCAGGAACUGA